AUGGCUUCUUCAUUUGCAACACGCAAAGGAAUGAGUCGAAUUCUUGAUGGCAUAGUGAAAUAUCGUCAAACAUUACGACCAUCGCUUUUAGAAGAAUUUAAAAAAGUAGCAACAGGACCUUCUCCUGAAGGUCUUCUAUUAACUUGUGUUGACAGUCGUGUUGUUGCAUCGCGUAUGAUUCAAGCUGUACCUGGUCAGUUAUUUAUAGUUCGAAAUCCUGUUCCUCAUCAUAAUUGUUUUCGAAAUCAUGUAACAGUUGGGGGUGAAUGUGGAGCUCUUGAAUUAGCUUGUUCUAUAAAUAAAGUUCAAGUUAUUGUUGUUAUUGGUCAUUCUGAUUGUAAAGCAAUGAAUUUACUUUAUUCAAUACGUAAUGAUUUACAAUCGCCAUCAAAAGGUCCACUUGAAGACUGGCUUAGAGUUCAUGGACGAGGCACAGUUGAACAAUUUAAAAAACUUGAAAUGUCUACUGGUUUUGAUCGAAAACUUAAAUUUGCUGGUGCACAACACUAUGAAGAUGAUUUUGAAGCAUAUAUUGAUCCUCAUAAUCAAUUUAAACCUUCAGAUAAAUUUUCUCAAAUAAAUACAUUAGAACAAUUGAAAAAUUUUCUUUCGUAUCCAUUUUUAAAAGAACGACUCAAUCGCAAUGAAUUAGAAGUACAUGCGCUUUGGACAGAUAUAUCAGAAGGAGAAGUAUAUAUGUUCUCUUUCAAAGAGAAAACUUUUGUUAAAAUUGAUGAAAUUUCAUAUAAAACUCUUUCACUCGAAUGUAUCUAG